CUGGACCUGUCAUAAAUUGAAAAAGAUUACGAGACACUUGCAAAAAUUGCUAUAAAAAAUUGCAAAUCCAUGAUUGUAAUUAGUAGAAAUAACAAUCAAUAAAUGACUGUUAUGACAAAUAAUUCUAUAACUUGAUAUCUCUCAAAACGAUAGCACCCUUUUACAUUUAUUUGAUAUAUAUAAAUGUAUUUGUUAAUAAUUGAUUGCGUUAAUUGAAAAGGUAAUUUGUUAAUCUGCGUUUGAGGCGUUAUAUAAUACAAAUAUAAUGCACAAUGAAUAAUUAUGUAUAUACAACUGUGAAAUAUACAUAUCAAUAAAAGCAAUUUAUUGUAAUUAUUCUUCACCGUAUUUUUCUUAAUUAUGGGUAGAAAAUUAUGAACAAAAGAUGAAGAAGAAGAACACUGACAAAUCCUACUUUCUGCGUAUUAAAAUCAGCACAAUGUUUGACGCACAUUUUGCUGCUAAUUUAUUAGUUAUCAAUUAUGAAUAUAUGUAUUACAUAUUGUGUUAUAUGUAUUAUAUAUUUAAUAAUCAACUCACGCGAGAGAUUUCUUUCUUCUCUUUCUUUAUCCUCGGUUGGCAAUAUCCUCUUUUUUUUACGUUUUUGACAGACUUCAGCUAUAUGUCAUAUACUAUUUUAUAAAUUGUCUUUUUCUCAUUCUUUAUAUUGAUUAUAAUUUAAUAUAUAUUUAAAUUGAUGCAUAUUUAAAAACUUUUUACCGUUUGUAGAUAAAAUGGAAAUGUGUAAUUUCGCCCAACUGACUUAUCGACUGAGUUGAACUGUCACAAUUCUAACCUCCCCGAUGCGUGCGAGUGUCAAAUGAGUUGGUGCUGAUUUUUGCAAAUAUCGACGUUUAUCAGGAGAAGGGAACGUUUAGGUUGGAACAGAAGUAAGCACGAGAGAAGACGAAAUAGAACAUUUAUAAAAAUGAGGUUCAGAUUUCUUGGCGAUGGCGAUUGUCCAGAUUGGUUGCUGGCAGAAAUCAACACGCUUUCGCGAAUGACUUCAAUUAAAAUGAAAAUGCUAGGCCAAGCAGUGGCCAAGUACUUGACUGAGGGAGAACUUGAUGAAGAAAAAAUAAAAAAAAUCACACAAGACGCUAAACUUGAUGUCAAUGACGCGAAAGCGAUGGUAGCCGCUCUCGAAUUGAUCUUUACAUCUUCCGCCCGAUACGGUGUUUCCGCCGCUGACUUGAGCAGCGAGCUGCAACAAUUGGGACUUCCACGAGAGCACAGUACAGCUGUAGCGAGGCUUCACACAGAUUACUGUCCUCAGAUCACAGCUGUUCUUUCAUCUCAAUCGUUGCGAGUCAGUCGCUUAUCCUCCAUUGAAGUCCUGCCUUGUGAUAGCACCUCGCCAGUUUCCACGGUGGCACUAAAGUUAAAGAAAAUAGAUGGCAAUGAAGAAGCUUCCACUAUCAAUAUCUCAAAGGAUGAUGUGCAAAUGUUACUAAAAGAAUUGAAAAGGGCACGAGCGCUGAUGGAAAAUCUGUGAAUAUUAAAUAUAGAAUAUCCAAUUUCAAUAUCUUGUCAUAUGAUUACUGUGAUUCGCCAAUGAAAAUUUUGCUGUUUGUCAAUAAAAAUGAGAUCUGAA